AUGGCCGUGAGGUCCAGGAGACCCUGGAUGAGCGUGAUUCUCGGGGUCAUUCUUGGAUUUACCGCGGCGUCUUGGCUCAUCGUCCCACGGGUGGUGGAAAUCAGUGGCAAGCGAAAAAAAUCUACCGUGUGCUCUUAUUACGGCAACGCCGCGAGCGUCGGCAAAGUACCGGAGACCGUCGGCAGCACUGCGGGUAGCAACGCGUGGCUGAAAGACAAGGACAACCCCAUCUCCAGCCAGGAGGAGAGCGAGGAAGAGGAGGAGAGCAUGUUCAGGACUAGUAACGGUAGCGGGGACGGCGGGGGACCCAUUUCUCGACCUCGUCAUUUUCUUUACGUGGGUGUCAUGACAGCUAAAAAGUACCUGGAUUCGCGAGCUGUGGCCGCGCACCGGACGUGGACUCGCUCGAUCCCGGGGAAGGUGGAGUUCUUUUCCAGCGAGCGGUCGGGCACCGUCCCGCUGCCCAUUCCUCUUCCCGUGAUCUCCCUCGCCGGAGUGGACGAUUCUUACCCUCCGCAAAAGAAGUCGUUUAUGAUGCUGAAGUAUAUGCACGACCAUUACCUGGAUAAAUACGAAUGGUUUAUGAGGGCGGACGAUGAUGUCUACAUUCGAGGUGAGAAGCUGGAGUCCUUUCUGCGGUCUCUGAACAGCAGCAAGCCGCUCUACCUGGGCCAGACGGGCCUGGGCACCAGCGAGGAGCUGGGCAAGCUGGCGCUGGAGCCCGGGGAGAACUUCUGCAUGGGCGGCCCGGGCAUGAUCUUCAGCCGGGAGGUGCUCCGCCGGAUGGUGCCGCACAUCGGGGCCUGCCUGCGGGAGAUGUACACCACGCACGAGGACGUGGAGGUCGGCCGCUGCGUCCGCCGCUUCGGGGGCACCCAGUGCGUCUGGUCCUACGAGAUGCAGCAGCUGUUCUACGAGAACUACGAGCACAACAAGAAGGGCUUCAUCCAGGAGCUGCAGAGCAGCAAGAUCCACAACGCCAUCACCCUGCACCCCAACAAGAGGCCGGCCUACCAGUACCGUCUGCACGGCUACAUGCUGAGCCGGCGCCUUAGCGCGCUGCGCCACCGGACCGUCCGGCUGCACCGCGAGGGCGUGGCCAUGAGCCGGCUGACCGGCACCGAGCCGCGCCCGGAGGACCAGCGCCUGGGCGCGCUCCCGUCCUACACGCGGUACCAGCCGGCCGAGCGCGGUCACGUGAUCGAGUGGGAGUUCCUGACGGGCCGGCACCUGUACGCGGCGGCGGGCGGCGAGGGCCAGGCGGCGCGGCAGGGCCUGGGCGCGGCCCUGCGGGCGGCGCUGGAGGACACGGUGCUGCAGGUGAUGGAGAUGAUCAACGAGAACUCCAAGGCGCGGGGCCGCGUCAUCGACUUCAAGGAGGUGCAGUACGGGUACCGGCGCGUGGACCCGCUGCACGGCGCCGAGUACAUCCUGGACCUGCUGCUGCUGUACAAGAAGCACAAGGGCCGCAAGCUGACGGUGCCCGUGCGGCGCCACGCCUACCUGCAGCAGUCCUUCAGCCGCGCCUUCUUCUCCGAGGCGCAGGAGCUGGACCCGGCGGCGCUGGCCGACGCCGUCGACUCCCAGGCCCCGGGCCUCUCCUUCCUGUCCAGCUCCCUGCGCAUCUUCUCCCCCUUUCAGUCGGCGGGAGGGGCCGGCGGGGGAGGGGGCGGGGGCGGAGGGGCGGCGCGGGGGGGGCAGCAGCGCAAGGUCCACGUCCUGGUGCCCCUGACGGGCCGCUACGACGUCUUCGUUCGCUUCAUGGAGAACUUCGAGAGGACCUGCCUGGUGUCCGGGCAGAGCGUCCGGCUGUCCGUGGUGCUGGUGGACAACGACAGCAACCAGGACCGGGCCCGGCACCUCCAGCUGAUGGAGCGGUACCGGGACCGCUACCCCGCGGCCGAGCUGUCCGUCGUCCGCAUGGCGGGGGGCUUCUCCCGGGGCCUGGCGCUGGAGAUGGGCUCGUCGGCGCUGGCCAACGACUCGCUGCUCUUCUUCUGCGACGUGGACCUGGUCUUCAGCGAGGACUUCCUGCAGCGUUGCCGGGACAACGCGGUGCAGGGGAAGCAGGUCUACUUCCCCAUCGUCUUCAGCCAGUACGACCCCAAGGUGGUCUACGCGGGCGGCUCCCCCCCCCCGGCCCCCGACGGCGGCGGCGGCGGCGGCGGCUUCGUCUUCACCAAGAAGAGCGGCUUCUGGCGGGAGUACGGCUUCGGCAUCGCCUGCAUCUUCAAGAGCGACCUGCUGGCGGCGGGGGGCUUCGACACCUCCAUCCAGGGGUGGGGGCUGGAGGACGUGGACCUCUUCACCAAGGUGAUCAACUCGGGCCUGCGGGCCUUCCGUAGCCAGGAGACGGGGAUGGUGCACGUCUACCACCCGGUGCACUGUGACACCGGCCUGGAGCCCAAGCAGUACCGCAUGUGCCUGGGGUCCAAGGCCAGCACGUACGCCUCCACCGCGCAGCUGGCCGAGCUGUGGCUGGAGAAACACUUGGGCGUCGGCUACAACAGAACUUCCUCCUGACCUUCCGGAAGCCUCCGGCUCCCCGGGAUGACUUACCUCAGAUUCUGCGCCCGGUGCAGAGAGCAAUGGGAGUCUGUGUGCGUGUGUGUGUGUGUGUGUGUGCGUGUGUGUGUAUGUGUGACUGUGUGUGUGUG